AUGGAGCCGCGGAAGUUUCGGUCACCGUGGUUCACGAAGAAAGCAGCUACCAUGGGUCUUGAACCAGUAAGGGAAGAGAACGAGGAUAAGGAGGAGAAUAGGAACAGACUUACAGCCGCUGCACCGGCCGCGUCUCUCAGCAAGGAGCCUGUCGUGCCCGCCCCCUUCGAGGCAUCAAAGUAUCAGCAGCGCAAGAAUGAAAAACAGAACGCGAAUCAGAAACUUCAAAACGCCUUCUCCACCAUAAGCGCUCCCCGACGACUCGAAGCUCCAUGGAGACCUCAGGCUCAAGAAUAUCAGGAGGCGCAGAAAACCAUCGAAGAGCACCAACAGAAGUCUAUGCGCAGAGGCACUGAGCAGCUGCCUCGAGCGGCACGUGCAUCCCAGCAACAGAGCAACCAGGGGAACGUCCUCAAGCUAGGAAAUGCUGCCGGUGUGAAGUACGAAAAGGAGCGCCGGACCAAGACCGUGAAGAACGGGAUUUCAUUCAGCGAGCAGCAGCCAGGAUGGAUCGGCUGGUGCAGCGACAUCUACCCAUUGCGUGCGCACAACAAGGUCAAGCCUGGCGACCUGGGCACCUUAUGUGACCUUCAAGGGAUCUGGUUCCACGACGCGGGCCACUUCCACGUCAUUUCGAAGCGGUACCCGAACACAGUCAACUACGUUACGGUGUACAGCUUCGGCGAUACUGGCUUGGCCGAGCGCCCCGAGGAGGAGCACGACGAGUACUUGAACGUUAUCCCGAAGGACGUCAACGAAGAAGACUUCACUCCGCAAAACCCGAAUACACCAAAUCUCAAGAUCAUUGCGAAGUACGGCAAGCGGGGCAUGGACAGGAAGACCAUGGUCGUUCGUGUCAGUAGGGUCAACACUCGGAAUGUCGACUGCGAUGAGCUUGAGAGAUGUGGCGAGCUGGAUCCUGAGAGCACCAAGAUCCUGAUCGCAGAGGUCUUGAAGGCUCAGGGUGGUGAAGUCAAGGAAGAAUAG